UGCUGCGUACCGUUGUGUAACAAUAAGGGAGGACAUUAUUUCAAGAGCGAUAGUGAGAGUAGGAAGCUUUGGAUGGCCGCUAUUAAGCGUGAUAAGUGGACCCCAAAUUUUGCAAAUGCUGUCGUCUGCAAGAAACAUUUUCUUCCAGAGGAUUAUAUAACCCACGGCAUUAAUGGCAAGCCACUGAGAUAUCAGAAACUGAAACCCACUGCCGUCCCGUCAGUAUUUGAAUGGACAAAGAAGUCACAGUCAUCUGUCUCCAGGGCCAAGAGAUAUUCCAUGAAGAACCUAGAAGGCAAAACUACAGAGGUGGACAGUUCUUCAAUAAAAUCCCAUAUUGACAAUGA